ACUGCGUCAAAAUCUCAUCAGAGUCACAGUUUAUGAGAAUUUAAAUUUUAUGUAAUUUACCGACUUUAUUCAAUAAUUUAUUUCAUAAUCGACCUGCAUAAUGGCAGAAGUGGCAGAACCAAAGCUUUUAGAUAAACUAGCCGAUGUACCUAUUCAUAAACCUGGUUUUGAGACAUUGAGUAUGUCAGCUCCUACCAUCGUUCAGUUAAACCCUGAGGGAAAAUGGGAGAGCAGUAAACUUGGAAGCUUACAGGAAACUCAAUUACAGGCUAUUGUGCAGCACCUAGUUAAUUCAAAUGCUAUAAAUGCUGCUCAAAGUUACUGUUGUCAAUGUCUAGAUGAAAACAAAGCUCCAGUUGGUUUGAAAGGAACCAAAUAUGUCCCAGUCAUAAUGAUGCCGUUGUACUCAGCUGAUAAUUGUCCAUUCGAUGUUGUUGCUGACAUGGAAGAAAAAACGGAAACUGAGAUUAAAGUUAUUAAUAGAGAUAGCAUCGAAUCCGCUGGCAAAAAUAAUAGUGUUACUAAAAAAGAUGCGAAAAAGAAAGGGUCUAAAAGUCCCAAAAAGCGACCCUUCCAUGUUCAACGAUUAACAGAUUUUGAUUUGAUGUCUCAAUGGUAGAAUUAGAAAUUGUGUAGUUAGUUUCAAUGUUCAAGAGGUGAUUAUAAUUUUUGGUUGAUAAACUUCUUGCAAAACCUAUAACAAAAUGUGUAAAAUAAAUUUAAUCUAAAACACAAGAUUUCGAAAAGAAAGAAAAUAUUUUUUUUUCUUCGAUGA